AUGGGAAUAUUCUUUUCAUGUCCAUUUAAGUACAAUGAUGUGGAAGAUGACAUAGAUUCCAUGCUUGUAAAAUCGAUCAACUUCGGCAAUGAUGAAAUCAAAACUCCACUAAGAUCAGUUAGUUUCAAAAGUGAAGAUUUGGAACCUACCAUUCUUAAAUCUCUAGGUUCUGGAAAGAUGACUAUUGAAACAUCUGUAAGCUUCAAGAGAACUGAUUUUGAUAGCAUUUUAUCGACAGAUAAUGAGAGUAACAGCAACGUGUUGAAUGCUAAAACGACUAGAGAAAUCAAUAAUUUCUUAGAACGUCAACAAGUGGAAACAAUUCAGUCCGCACUUUUGAAUCCAAGCAGUCCUAAACAUAUUGCUGCACUUAAAUUGCAGAAAGUUUACAAGAGCUUUCGCACCAGACGAAAGCUUGCAGAUUGUGCCAUUCUUGUCGAACAAAGCUGGUGGAAGCUUUUAGAUUUCGCUGAACUCAAGCGCAGCUCAAUAUCGUUCUUCGACAUUGAGAAACACGAAACCGCGAUUUCGCGUUGGUCUAGAGCCAGAACUAGAGCUGCUAAGGUUGGAAAAGGUUUGUCCAAAGAUGAGAAAGCACAAAAACUUGCGCUGCAGCAUUGGCUCGAAGCGAUCGACCCGCGACAUCGCUAUGGACAUAAUCUACACUUUUAUUAUGAUAAAUGGCUUCAAUGUCAAAGCAGAGAACCCUUCUUCUACUGGCUAGAUAUAGGAGAAGGAAGGGAAGUAAAUCUCGAGAAGUGUCCUCGAUUUAAACUUCAACUGCAGUGUAUUAAAUAUCUCGGUCCGAUGGAAAGGUUUGCUUAUGAAGUUGUCGUCAAGGACGGAAAGUUCUUUUACAAACAAUCCGGAGAGCUUCUUCACACUGCUGCAGAAGAUUCACAUGCAAAAUGGAUUUUUGUGUUAAGCACUUCUAAGUCACUUUAUGUUGGCAAAAAGAAUAAAGGUUCAUUUCAGCAUUCUAGCUUCUUGGCUGGAGGUGCUACAUCUUCUGCUGGAAGAUUGGUGAUUGAAAAUGGUGUCUUGAAGGCUGUUUGGCCUCACAGCGGUCAUUAUCGACCAACCGAAGAAAACUUUAAGGAAUUUAUUUCGUUCCUUCAAGAGAACAAUGUGAAUCUUUCGGAUGUCAAGAUGGCUCCCGUUGACGAGGCUGAUGAAUUCGCUUCUUCUAGAAGUAGCUGUCAUCUUAGAAACCACUCAUCUGAAGAGGACUACACUGAGAAGAUAAACGGCACGGAGAUCGAAGGAACCGUUGUCCGAGACUUGGUUUUGAAGAAGGAUGAUUUGAUAGAAAUCGGGAGCGAGCCUGCAUUGGUUACUUCGAGCACAAGGCAAUUCCAAAUAUUAGGAAGAGAACUGACCAAUCUUGAAAUACCAAAAAGGAGUGGAGUGUUUGAAGGACUAGAAAACAAGAAAGAAAGCGCGGUUCAAACUUAUUCGAGCUUCAAAAUGAAAGAAUCUCUUACAAGUGGUCAAGAAACCGAAGAAUUACUUCCAUCAGACCUUUCAGAUUCAACGAAAAACUUCAACGAUGACAAUGACAUAGAAAUAAUUCCAGAAGAGUCCAUACUUAAGAGAAUCAACUCCCAUAAAGAAACAAAAUCAUAUCAGCUAGGCAGGCAGUUAUCUUGCAAAUGGACAACCGGAGCUGGACCACGGAUCGGCUGCGUCCGGGAUUACCCUUCCGAGCUCCAGUUCCGAGCAUUGGAACAAGUUAAUCUGUCUCCAAGAAGCGGAACACGCACUAAAUCGUCGUUCGCGCUUAGGAGUGCCACUAGUUUGAACUCAAAUAUUUCAUGUCUUGGGGACACAACAACUGAGCCACUACUUGCUGAAAAUCAAAGUGUUUCGAAAUCGGAAUUCUCACCAUUGACAAGAGGAACAUCAGUGAUACCAGUGCUUUCAUAUGACUUAUGA